AGGCCAAUCAUGUUGUGGUAGUGAGUGAGCCUCCUCUAAGCUGGUUUAUGCUCAGUGCUCACUCUCUGAAAAAACUGCAUGGAGUGCACAAAUUGUAUGUGGCGCUGCUGAUGCAGUGCAUAAUCCCAGCAGUAGGUGGCAGUCCUUUGCGAUUUGGCCUUCGUUUUGGGGCGAACGGGGGGCUGGAAAUGCAUCCAUUGGCCCUUGUCGCUCGUCUUAUUCCCGCGACUGGCCCUGUCAGGUCCCAGAUGGAGUGCAGAAACUAGGGAACUCAGGCCUGAAAAGAAGGAAGUUUUCUGGCCGAGAUCCUCGUAGAAGUGCAUCCUCCUCCAUUGGUUGGUUGUGUGCCAAUGCUUUUGGCUGCCAAGGUGACUCCUUCAGCGACUUGAAGAACCCUGAUCCAAGCGCUUCAAACAAAGGAGCCCUACUCCUCCUCUUCCUUCUGGAACUCCAACCAUUGCAAAUUUUGAAUGCAAUCCACCCUGCCCAAAAGGAUGGUGAGGCAGAACCUGUGGCUCUGAAUGUGCAAAACCAUCGCUCGCACGCUCGGCACACCGAGAAGGAGUGCAAAACUUCAACUGCAACCACUGAGCAGGAGGGCCUAGCGAAAACGAAAGAAGAAAAAAAAAAUUGCACGCCCGCCAGUCAAACCCGACGCAGUUGCGAAUUGUGCAAAACGGGAUGCAUUUUUGCAGUCGGGCUAGCGUCUCCAGUGCUAACGGUACCUUUGCAACUUUUCUUCUGGUUUGCCAGUUCGAGUCCAACCUCGGAUCCGGAUACUUGGGUGGUUGUCGCCCGCAAGCGAAAAGGUCUUCUUCCUCCAGAGACUGCCAAGAGAUCUUUGGUACCUAGGUCAUUGGCCGGAGUGAAACCUCUGUCUCUUCCAGACUCAGACGGUGCAAAAACGAGGCAUGCGAAUUUGGCCGGAUCGCGUCUGCCAGACAAUUAUUGUUGGAGUGGAUGCAGUCGCUGCAGUGUCUGGAUGCAAAAAUUCGCUGUGAAACCGUUCACCUGCGUGCAAAAACAGUGUGGCGGCCAAAUUGGCAGAAAUCUCCUCCGCCCUCUCCUCCUCAUCUUGAUCAUCAUCAUCCAUUGUUGAAGGUUGUCCAAUGCAGUGAGAGCGACGACCAUGAUCUCGUGUUGCUUGUGCGACUUCCAGGCCUUCUCCAAAGGCAACCUCUCCUUCCACCUCAACAAUGUCCACUUUAAGGACAAGGAGUUCAUGUGCAGACUUUGCCACUUCAAAACGGCCUACAAAGGAGCUCUGACGCGGCAUGUGAACUCGGUUCAUCUCCGGACAGGCAAGACCAAAGAGUGUCCAAUCUGUGGGUACAUCACCGCAUCAUUACUCAAUCUAAAUAGCCACUUGAGCGUGUCGCAUCACCUCGAGAUUGCCACAGCCUUUGCCCGACCUAGCAAUCUUAACGGUGGAGGUCUUAGUUCCGGGCCCCCUGGAGCCCCGUCCCAUCCUAAUGGCGCAUCCCCGGACCCCAAAGAGGCCGAACCCCCAUCUCGGCAAACUUCCCGGUCGUCCCCUCACCGGCCACGACUCCAUGAAUGCCGAAUAUGCCCGUUCCAAGGCCAGGAUAACACUGAGCUGAUCAUGCACUACAACCUGGUGCACCUGAACCCGGCCCACACGGUACUAAGUCGGGAUUCCGUGGCAAAUGUUGCGGCAGCUGCAGCAGCUGCCCGACACCACUUGCCAACCUCUUCGGCCGGGUACUUGCCUUCUCCAAAUGCGGGUGGAGAAGAGGAGCCUCGGGAUUUUUCUGUGAUAAGGGACUCGGAAUUGUUGUUGCGCCGCAGAGGUGAGGAGCUGUUUCGGCGGCAGGAGUUGUUGAGCCGGAUCGAGCAGUCCCGGAUCGUUCGUCAAGAGGAAUUGGUGGCCCAUUUGAACACGUCCGCUCGGCUCCUCCAUCAGCAUCACCAUCAUCAACAACAACAACAACAACAACAACAGCAGCAGCAGCAACAGCAACAACACCAAGAACAAAUCGAAAAUCAACAUAAACUAGAAACACAAAGAUCUCCAAGUCGAGAACGGUCGCCCUUGCCCAGUCCCCCUCACCCAGUGGAAAACGAAUCAGCUCUUCGUCAGGGUGACGAUCACGUGGCCUAUGAUGAAAAUGUCAGUAACGCCCUCAAGUGCCGUCUUUGCCCAUUUCAAGCCUCGUCCUACUUCUACUUGAAGAAUCACAUUAGGACAUCCCACCUGGGGGAGGUCCAUACCGUGGCAUGCCCAUUGUGCGAAUACACCUCGGAUGCCAAAGGAGAUAUCGAGGCCCAUCUUCAAGAGGAUCACCCGCAAAAAUAUGCGGAUAAACGCUCUGUGAUAACCAUCGAUUGACUGCUAUCCAUGUGAGCAAUGGAUGAUUGGAGCGUCGGAAGAAUGGCCUCUUAAUCCAGAGGACAUGUUGGGAGCUCUUGUUAUUGAUAGGAUGAGCGGUCCUCGUCUUUUAUAACUGAUUGUGUUCAAUGUUUUUGAUACAAAUAUGUGACUCAAGACUGUUCUCGGGAAAAAUGGCAAAAAUGGAUGGGCUUUUUCCCCCAAGAGAGUGUCGCCUUUGGUCGCCUGCUUCCGCAUCCAUGUAUAGAUUUUAGUCCAUCUUUUUUCAUAUAAAUGUCAGGUUUACAGUCAAAAUAUGGAUUUUUGUGCCUCUAAAUGCUCUUAGAGGAAACAAUUUUUAUUGCAAAUAAAAACAAUCUAGAAUCAAAA